AUGAAAAUAGAGGAUUUAAAUAAAAUUAUUGAACUUCAACGUAAACCGGAAUUUAUUCGAAAUAUUUGUAUUUUAGCACAUGUUGAUCAUGGGAAAACCACUAUUGCUGACAGUUUGGUAGCCAGCAAUGGUAUUAUAUCUAAUAAAUUAGCUGGAAAGUUAAGGUAUAUGGACAGCAGAAAAGAUGAACAAGAAAGAGGAAUCACAAUGAAAAGCAGUGCCAUAACUCUUUUACAUUUUCUAAAAAAUACUUUUUAUUUAGUCAAUCUCAUUGAUUCACCUGGUCAUGUUGAUUUUUCAUCGGAAGUUUCAACUGCUGUUAGAUUAUGCGAUGGUGCAAUCAUUGUAGUCGAUGUUGUAGAAGGAGUUUGUGCUCAAACCAAAGUAGCUUUAAAACAAGCUUGGUUAGAAAACAUUAGGCCGAUAUUGGUUUUAAAUAAAAUCGAUAGAUUUAUAAUGGAAUUAAAGUUAUCUCCUCUCGAUGCCUAUUAUAAAUUAGUACAGGUUUUAGAACAAGUCAAUGCAACAAUGGGUGAAUUAUUUGCUAAGGAUGUUAUAUCUAAAGCAGAUGGAAAAGCUUCAUCUGAUGAAAUCUCACAUAAGAAUGAAAAUUUUACUUUAUAUAAUUGGAGUUCAGGGCUAGAUGAGGCAGAUGAUGAAAAUUUAUAUUUUUCUCCAGAACAAGAUAAUGUAAUUUUUGCAAGUGCCUAUGACGGUUGGGCUUUCGAAGUUAAAAAUUUUGCUAAUAUCUACAGUGAAAAAUUAGAAAUUGAUGAAAAAGUAUUAAAAAAAACUUUAUGGGGAGACUUUUAUUUAAACAAUAAAACCAAAAAAGUAUGCAAGGGAGCCCAAUCUAAAGCUAAGAAGCCAUUAUUUGUUCAAUUAAUUUUAGAAAAUCUUUGGGUUCUGUAUGAUGUGAUUACUGUGAGAAGAGAUAAAGACAAAUUAGAAAAGAUUGUGGAAAAUUUAGGAAUCAAGUUGACAACAAGAGAUUUCAAACACAAUGAUUGCAGAGUACAACUUCAAGCAGUCUGUUCUCAAUGGUUACCUAUUGCUAAAACUCUUUUAGAUUCUGUGUGCAGAAAACUUCCAGCUCCGAAUGAAAUGACUCAGGAAAAAGCCGAGCGAUUAAUGUUAUCAAGCGGAGAUAGUUUUGAAAAUUAUCCUUUGGAAACGCAAAGACUGCGGGAUGCCUUUGUUAAGUGUGAUUUUAAUUUAAACGCGCCUACAAUUGUAUUUAUUUCAAAAAUGUUUCCCGUUGAAACUAAAAGCCUGCCUCAAAAUAAACAAAGGCCUCUUACGUCAGCUGAAUUGGCUGAAAGGCGAGAAAUGGCAAGGAAAAGGCACGAAGCGAAAUUGGCCGGUUUAACAUUGGAAGAAAAACCUUCAGAAGAAGAAAUUGAAGAGACAAAUGAAAUAAGUCAAGAAGAGCACGUAUUUGUCGCAUUUGCUAGGGUGUUCAGUGGUACUCUUGAAGUUGGAAAAGAAUUAUUUGUUUUAGGACCGAAGCAUGAUCCGGGUCAAGCUUUAAAAACGUUAAAUGCCGAUUCGAUUACUUUGGAAACUAAAUUGAAAGAUUUAACGCGUGGACAAUAUAUUACCAAGACAAAAGUCAAAGAUCUUUACUUGCUUAUGGGAAGAGAUUUAGUGAGCGUCAAUGAAAUUCCAGCAGGUAACAUUGCUGGAAUCGGCGGCUUAGACGAACACGUGUUAAAAACGGCUACCUUAUCGGACACAAUUGCCUGCCCUAGUUUUUCUGAAAUUAAAAAGGUGGUCGCGCCCAUUUUAAGAGUUGCGGUCGAACCCACUCAUCCCAGUGAUUUGCCGAAAUUAAUGAAAGGUCUUAAACUCUUAAAUCAAGCGGAUGCUGCUGUACAAGUUUUAGUUCAAGAAACUGGCGAACAUGUGAUCGUUACAGAUGGAGAAGUUCACUUGCAGCGAUGCUUGGAUGAUUUGAAAGAAAGGUACGCCAAAAUAUCUAUAAAUGUUUCGGAACCAAUAGUGCCUUUUAGAGAAACUAUUGUUCCACCUCCUGCUUUCGAUAUGGUUAAUCAGGCGAUAGAAGGUCAAAACGUCAAUUUGUCGAAGAAUGAUGUUAACACAACUGUGGAAUUGAUAACUCCGAAUAAACAAUGUCACAUAUCUUUAAGAGCGGCACCUCUUCCUAAUAAAGUAACAUCUUUACUAGAAAAUAAUUCGGAUCUUAUUAAAUUAAUUGAUAAAUAUUGGUGUUAUAAAAAUGUCAACAGUACUUUGUCGAAUCCAGAAAACAACGAACAAGAAUUUGAAAACGAAAAUGAAAUCGACCAGAAAGUUCAACAGGAAUGUUUGUCGGAAAAAAAAUUACAGGAAAUCGAUUCGUUUAAAACGGAACUCAUGAAAGCUUUUAAUGAAGCUGGUAAAGAAUGGGAAAAUGUCGUCGAGAAAAUUUGGAGUUUCGGACCGAAAAAAUGUGGACCGAAUAUUUUAUUUAAUUUUGUUCCCAAUUAUAAUAAUCGUUCCGUUUGGUCGACGCCCACGAACGCGGAAAUUUAUUCCGAGUAUGAUAGCAGUUUUUGUAACGGUUUUCAAUUGGCCACAUUAGCGGGGCCUCUUUGCGAAGAACCCAUGAUGGGCGUUGCUUUUUUCGUAGAAAAGUGGGAAAUUUUUCCCGAACCUUCCACUUCUGGCGUGGUUUACGGUCCUCUUUCUGGUCAAAUAAUGUCUUGCGUGAAAGAAGGAUGUAGAAAAGCUUUUCAAGCUCAACCUCAAAGGAUAAUGGCGGCAAUGUAUUCCUGCAGCAUUCAAGCGAACGCUGAAGUUUUGGGUUGGCCCCCGGUGAUUGUUUAUAGUUUAUGUCGAAUUAUUUUUUAA